AGGCUCAAAACCCGCGCAGCCGCAGCGUUCAAUUUUCCAACGUACAUUACCUGCGCCUUCCAUAGCUGCAACCGCAAUCCGCCGCGCGCGCAGCGGAGCUCCUGGCCCUCUGCACCCCCAACUCUGCCGCGUCCGCCCAGGGGCAACGCUCAGGGGGAGAGGGCCGCCGGUGUCGCUGGCGGCCUGGCACGCAGCAUGCCCCGCUCCCUGCUGCUGGUGCUGGCCCUGCUGGGCCUCGCUGAAGAGUGCCGCGGCGUGGCCAUCCACCUGGAGGAGGCACGGCAUGCGCCGCGGCAUGAGCCGCGCAGGGCCGUGCAGGCCGUGGGCGUGGGCGCGGGGCGGCUCGACAAGGCCUUCCUGGAGAGGGUCUCGCACGUGCUCCAGGUCGACGGCAUAGGGAACGUCAGCAACGCAACGGCGAUCGUCACUUACGCUGGCAAGAAGGACCUCACGUACAUCGAUGGCGCGGUCAUGCUCGGCAUGUCUGUAAAAAAGCAUGUGCCUGGCUUCCCCAUGGUCGCCAUCGUCGUCGAAGGAAUGAAGACGAACCACCAGCAGCUCCUACGUGACGCUGGCUGGGUGGUAGUCGCCGUGCCGAAUUGGGAAGCCGACUACUGCGGUCCCAAGUGCGAUCUGCAGUUCUUGGGACGUUGGCACGACAGCUUCGAGAAAAUCAAUGCGUUCCGGCUUCCCUUCCGACGUGUUCUCUUCUUGGAUUCAGACACGUACGUAUUCCAGUCAAAGAUUCGGGAUCUCCUUGAUGGUCGCGCCGCCACAGCGAUGAACGAUCGCAUGGACCUCGGCCACAUCGCGAUGGCGAUGGACGGUUGCAAGGACAUUGCCCAUGGACACGGUGAGAACGAGUACAACAGCGGGGUGAUGAUCUACAAGCCAGACCUUGCAAUCUUCAUGCGUAUGCUUGACACGGUCUCCCAUCGUGAGCGGAACGACGUCCUCGAUCAGAACAUCAUCAACGAGGUCUACCGCGGCAAAGUGAUCGAGCUGCCUCGCAAUUUCAAUUGCGUGGACAUCAUCGGCGUCCAGCCAGGCCAAAGGACGGAGUGCGAGUUCCGCUGCGGCGACGACGCGGUGGUCUCCCACUUCACCGGCCACCCGAAGCCCACCGCCCAGAAGAGGAUGCUGCUCGAGCUCGUCCGCCGCCCCUCCUCGCCCAGGAUCGCGUGCACGAACACGAACUUCGGGUCGUGCGCCAAGUGGUCGGAGUUCUACUGCGACAUGCGCAAGCACUCCGCGCAGCUCUCGAGCGACCUGCAGCAGUCCCUCGAGCAUGCGGGGCCCUGCUGCCACUCGCCGUACGACCCCGAGAAGGACAGGCCGAGCUGCAAGGAGUGCCCCGCAGAGCUGUCCUUCGCGGGCUCCAGGAGCUGCGCGAGGUGCCCGGGCCCAGACCAGGACGUCGACGGGGUGUUCGUGAAGACGGACAUCAAGCCAGCCAAGAUCCAUGGCGGCAAGCCCAUCUACAUGAGGGUCCCGAAGUCCGGGAAACAGAAGCCCGUCUUCCUGUACUACUUCCAGCACAACACGAUGUGGCUGCUGGGGGAGAACUACAGCACCAACAUGAACCCGGACGUGAUCGCCUACGCGGGCAAGGAGGCGCAGUGCCCCAGGGACGCGGGCGCCUGGCACUUCCUGAACAUCUCCGGCGAGCGGGCGAUGCUCCCCGACGUCCACUGCCGCGAGACGCGCUUCGGGCCCAAGGACCCGGAGAACGUCGCCUUCAGCAUCACCGGGGGGGGCUGGCAGCGCCAGAAGUCGCCGACCCACCCCAGUGCUGCCCUCGGCGACAUGUCCGUCGGCAAGUGAUGCCGCGGCCUGGCCCUGGACGGGCGGAGCGGCGGGCGCGUGAGAGCAGCUGCCCUGCCCCCCCGGCAGGGCCUUGGCCCCCCGGUGGUCGUGCGAGCCCCCGUGCUCGUGCGCGGGUGCCUCACUCCCGCGCCCCUGCCCCUGCUCCGCACGUCCGCGUCGUGUUCGGCGCUUUCGCUCUCCCGAGGCCUCUUUCGGGCCCUCGGGCCGUGAAAGAGCAGCUCGGGAUGGAGUGCUUGCCAGCGUGGAUCCCAGACUAUGUGUUCUUGCACGCUCGACGUGCAGUCUUUGUGAUGCACCCUGUGCAUGCUGCAGUAGAUGUCUAUGCGUGCAUCCUGAAACGCGCGAGUCGGCGCACGAGGCGUCCUCCGACCGGCGGGCGGUGCACGGGCGCGAGUGGAACCAGCGCGCGCCGUCGGAUAAGCCGGUCCCUUCUCUUCCCUUCGGCUCCCUUCGGGCGGGCCCAGGACCGCAAUGAAUCGCCCCAGAGCGGCUCGGAACGCUCUCAGAGCGCUCUAGAACGGCCGCGGCGCCCCAGGAGGCCCAGGAGGCCAAGUAGCCGGCUACGCGCAAGCGUGACCUUUCGCUGGAGCGGCCUUUGGUGCGGGCUCACAGGGGACCCAGCGACC